AUGCUGGUCCGCUUUUUCGCUUCACCCGCGUCCUAUAACCUAAUUUUCAACCUUUCUUCCUCAAACCAACGCUCUAAAACUUCUUCUGCCAUUGUUUGUGAGGAGAUGGGCCGAGAUUGUUACUGGGGAAGUGGGACUAAAACUUCCAAGAGAAACACUCAUCCCUCCGGUUGCUUCUCUGCUGUGUUUCACUUGUUUGAUUUUCAUCAUUUUCUCUUCCCUGUAAGCCGCCAAAGUGUUGCUACUGCCACUGGCAGUGGCGGGGGUUGUGGUUGUUUCAAACCCCACGACUCCUUCCUCUCUCCACAAACCGCCGUCAUUAAUGGUGCAGAGGCGCCAAGGAACAGUUUGGAGUCUGAGGAGGAAGCAUCAUCAUCUUCAUUUAAAUUGCAGAAUUGGAUUCGGAUCAAAACAACAAGGCCAAACGCUGGAGCUGCAGAUAAUGAGACGUCUUCCCCAGGGACCAACACGCCUACACUGAUUGCUAGGCUCAUGGGACUUGAUCUUCUUCCUCAAAAGGAAACCCCUUCGCCCUCUCUUUCUUCCACACCAAAUUUCCGUCACAGGAAAUCAUUAGACGGUGACAUCUGCGGCACUCGUUCAUUGCCAGCGACUCCGAGAAUAUCGUCUGCAAGAAGGUCAGACGUGGAUCACCACCAUCACCACCGCCUGUCCCUUCAAAUCAACAAAGAAAACAUGAGCCCUAUCGAAGACCUGGUCGUUUCCCGUCUCUCAUCGUUGAAAAAGAAAGAGCUCAAGCAUGAAGAAGAGAACAGAAGCCUAGCUAGGCUGAUGGUGAAGCAGGUUAAACAAAAAAGUGUUGGCCGGAAAGUUGGUUCGGACAUAACCAACACAGUUCGAAACAAAGAAGAGCUUGUUACCCGAUUCAAAUGCAAAUCAUCAUCUUCAUCCUCUCCUAAAGCUCGGGCUGAUCAGCCAAUUGAUGAGCUUCACAAGCAGCAGCCACUCAAAGCCGCUAGCAGAUGCAAUGAAAAGUUCAUUUCACGACUGAAAAGGCAAGAGGAGCCAUUCGUUCGUCCUUCCACGGUCAACAGGUUUAACAUUCCAGACAAGAAAUGCAGGAAAACCACAUUGUCAAACGAGCUAGAUCGUGCAAAAAUCCCUCAAAAACAGGUCAUAGAUGCUCAAAAACGGAAACUCAGCUCACAGUUAUCUAGUUGUUCGAGCCAAAUGUACAACAAACAAGAAGCGACGCACGUACAAACUGACCGAGACGACAGAUAUAACAGUGCUGCUACUGGUACUACCACCAUCGUCGGUGAUGAAGCAGAAUACGAGUACAUCGGUAGAAUACUAAGACGCAUAGGCUUAAACAAAAGUACCCCACUGUCCUCUUCCCGGUGUCGACUAACAGACGUAUUGUGCUCCAAAAUUACAACUUUUCCUCGAGCUGAUUGUCGUGUUUUAGAAGACAUUGAUGGGUUAAUUGAAAAAGAUUUGGCAGAAAUGAAGCACCAAAGUAUAAUGGCGUACGAGGAAGAAGGGGAAGGGAUUGUGGUUGAGAUAGAGGAGGGGAUAAUGGAGUCGCUGCUAGAUACGGCGGUGGAUUUUGGUGUACGGUUUCAGUUUGAGAAUGAGAGAGGCAGGAAACACAGGGCACAUGGGUGA